GUAUAUAUAAACAGACAGUUUGAUUUAAUUGAGUAAUGCCGCUGCUUUUCAGUGAGACCUUUCCCAGUACUGUAGCUGAAUACUACAUACCAGAAUGGGGUUUACUGAAAGAUUGGUAAUGGUGCUCAUUAGUUUGUUCUAUUGUUCCAUACUAGUAGACUCUUUUCCUGCUGUAUUGACAUAUGAUGGUUUCCCUACAAUUCGUAAGCAGCUUCUGAAUCCGACAGGCCAGCUAACACUACCUGAAACCGCCCUAAUCCAUCCUCCCCAAAUCAACCCGGGUAUCGCUGUUGGUGAGCUCUAUCCUUCUCCCCCACCAUUAGUUGGACCAGCUGCUGUUAUCAGUGACAUGUAUACAAUAGUUGCUCCUCAGAAGCCAAAUGGUCCCGAUAUGGGUGCUGGAAAGCUUUAUUCCAUAUCGCUUCCCCAACAAGUGCUCCAGAAGGGUGUUGGCUUUGCUGACUCUGUUCCCAGACAAAACCCUGUAACUGUGAAGUGCCAUGCAGCAACAAUAGAAGUGAUCGUUAACGCAGACUUGUAUUCCACGGGCACCCUCAUAAAUGGCUCCGAUCUGCGGCUAGGAUUGGAUGCCAUUUCACCAAGCUCUUGCUUUGCUAUAGCUUCUGGGGAGUCAGAAUUCACAAUCCAUGCUGAAUUGAAGGAAUGUGGCACAAAGCUGUGGUUCACGCCAGAUGCCUUGAUUUACACCAACAACCUUAUAUAUUCCCCUGUGCCUUUUGAUGGCGUUAUUCGACUGGAAGGAGUAGUUGUUCCUAUUGAGUGUCACUAUGGAAGGAGGUACAACAUAAGCAAUGAUCUGCAGCCAACUUGGGUUCCCUUCAUUGGUACCAGCUCUGCUGAAGAGAUCCUUGACUUCUCCUUGAUGCUCAUGUCUAGUGACUGGCUUGCUCAAAGGUCCUCUAUUUAUUUCCCUGGGGAAAUAAUGUACUUCGAGGCCUCUGUUCGGGCCGGCCUCAUGUCCCUCCGUGUGUUUGUGGACUACUGCAUAGCCACCUUGGUCCCUGACUGGACCACUCAUCCCCAGUAUUCAUUCAUUGAGAACUAUGGGUGUCUGACUGAUGCCAAGCGGACAGGUUCCUGCUCCCUCUUCCAGCCCCGAUCAGAGGACCACAAGCUUCGAUUCCAGUUGGAAGCUUUCAGGUUCAGCCAGCAAGCUAGCCCUUCGCUGUAUAUUACAUGCCACUUGAAGGCUGUCCCUGUAACAAAUAUGGACUUGACCAAUAAGGCAUGUUCCUUCAUUGAGGACAGCUGGAAGUCUGCAGAUGGAAAUGAUGGGGUGUGCAACACCUGUCAGCUAUACAUGGAAUCCCAGGGUGAUUACUAUGACCAGCCCAAGACCCCUAUGUCUAAUGGUGGUUUGUGGAAGAGGCAAACUGCAAAAAGCAACAUGGCCGAGUGGCAUAAGGCCACAACCGUGGGCCCUGUAGCUAUCCUCCCCUCCCUAGGUGGGGUAUCUACACAUCUGUUAAACCGACAAACCUGCUGGGAUUAUGAAAAGCAGCGGAUUGCCUUGAAUGGAUCGGUUUCAACUACUUCGGCUUCCAUCACAACUGUAGAAGCAUCUGUGGCUCGUUAAAUCAAACGUCUCUCCCGAUGGACUUGACUAGAAGUAGCAUCGAAGGAAAACUUGAUGCAGACUGGAGCAGAACAGGAAUGCUGUUGCUGGUUCAUCUAGCCUUCCCUGCUUAAGUGGCACUGAAUGCAGCUUUUAGAUGUGAUGUCGGUGGCUUGACUGAACAUUAAAGAUCUGACUCUGGCUUAA